AUGAUUCAUAAUUCGAAUAGAAAUCCAAUCACAGAUCCUUAUUCUUUAGAGGAUCAAUUAGCAAGAGAAUUGCAAAAACGAAAAGUUGAAGAGGAGAAAAGGAGAAGAGAAAUUGAAAGAAUUUGCGCUGAGAGUGAGGAAAUCAAACUACUUAAAUAAAAAGUUUAGACUGCAUAUGUGACCAAAGAGAGAACUUAAUAAUUGGCUGAAUAAUAGUUGAGAAGAAUUUAAGAGUUGAAAUAAGAAAGUGAAAUAGAAGCAGCGAUUCUUGAAAAGUUGAAAAGAGAACAAGAGGAAGAAAGAUCCAAAGAGAAAUUUAGACUCCAAUAAAGACUAGAGGGGAAAUAUACAUUAUAAAAAUAAAUGAAAGAACAUGAGCAAUUAAGAGAUGAAGCUAGAGAAUAAUACAUUUAUGAGAAGGAACAAGUUAAUAGAGUCAUUCACUAAUUAAUUAAUGAGGAUCGCAAGUUUUUAGAGGAUUAGGCAAAAAAGAAGAAAAUUGCUUUCUCAGACAUGUAAAAUGCUUUAAGAGAAAAGGCAGAAUUGAUAUUUAGAAUGAAAUAACGAGAAAGAGAGGAGAAUCAGAAAUAUUUGGAUUUUAUAAAAGAAAAGGAUAGAUAGGCUCAUGAAAUUAAGGUGAAAAAAUAAGAAGAAAAUGCAGCUAAGUAUAAAGAUAAGAUAUUUCAAAAAUUGAAGGAAGAGGAGGAAAGAAGAAGAUAAGAAGCAGAAUUAUUGACUGAACUUAGAUUUCAACUCUAUCAAGAAUAAUAUGAUGCUUAGUAGAGAUAAAAAGAUAUUGAUGAAGCUAAUAAGAGAGAAUUUCAAAAAAGAGAGAUGUAGUAGGCUGAACAAGAAGCAAGAUUAAAAAAGUAAAGAUAGAAGGAGGAAGAAUAAUAGAUGGAAAGAGAUUUCAGAGAUCAAAUGAUGAGAAAGUUUGCUGAAGAUGAUAAACUUGAAUAAUUAGGAUAAUAAAAACGAAGAAUGAAGGAAAUAGAACAUAAAAGAGAAGUUGAAAGAUUAUGGCAAUAGAAAUUGGAAAUGUAUUAAAUGGAAAAGCAGAAAGAACUUGAAUAACUAGAAAGAUAAAGAAGAGAAGAGGCUUAUAAAUAAUUAGUGGUAGAGGAGGAAAAAAAUCGUAUUCUUCAAGAACAUUUACAAUAAGUUGGAGAAUUCAUUCCAAAAGGACUCCUAUUAAAAUAAGGAGAUUCUCAAUUUAUUAAGUAAGGAUAAUCAAAUGCAAGUUAUUAAUCUGGUUUUAGAAUAUGA